AUGUACAUCCGGUCUAACACAUACGUCGGAUCGGCGGUAGGUGCUUCCGACAAGUUCAAUGUGGUGGUAGGCUUACACCAGGGUUCGGCUUUAAGCCCUUACCUCUUCGUCAUUGUAAUGGAUGCUCUGACAUCGGACAUUCAGGACGAGGUACCCUGGUGUAUGCUGUUUGCCGACGAUAUUGUUCUUGUUGGUGAGGAUGGACUCGAAGUCCAGAGUAGACAAAAUAGAUGGCAAGAAAAACUGGAGAGUGUUGGCUUGAAGAUCAGCAGCACUAAAACUGAAUACCUAUUCUGCUAUUUCGGCGGUCUCUCCUAUUUCAAGCCUAUCUGCCUAAACGGUGUAAUGCUUCCAGUCUGCUCCGAUUUUGGGUACCUCGGUUCAGUUAUUCAGAACUAUGCCGACAUAGACCGCUAUAUAAGGCACAUAAUUAGUGCGGGAUGGGUGAAAUGGCGACAGGCCUCGGAAAUGAUAUGCGACCCCCGAAUACCCUUGAAACUAAAGGAUAAAGUUUAUAAAUCUAUCAAUAUUUCAAUCGCAGCCAUAUUAUAUCAACAGCUUGCCUCGGCAUGCUGA